AUGUUAAAACAACAAGUUUAGUUAUUACAAUAAGAACUUCAAUAAAUUCAUUAAUAUGGCAAUAUACGCAUUCUUUGGAAUAAUAUAUUCUCAAAGUUGGAAACCAUCACAUUCACAUCUCAACAACCUCUCAAAAUCUAUUAGCAGUUGAUGUUUCGACAAAGCAUAUCUCAAGAUCAAAUCAAACCAGAGCAUCUCUCACAAGAUGCAGAAUGUCAGACUCAAGAUGAUUAAAUUAAAUUCAAUGUACAAGACACAAUCAAAUCCUGCAUUUCAUCAAUCAAAAUCGAUCUGAAAACACAAUAGGAAAAAUUGAGUAAUGCUUGGAAAAUAUUCUCAACUAUUCAAAACACAAGUAAACUAAACCAAACCAAAAAAUAAGAUCAUCCAUUAAUUCAUCUCUUUUCGAUACCAACUACCAUCAUUAACUUGUCUACCAAAGAAAACUACAUCGCAAAACCCAUAAGUAACUUAGAAUAUGAACUUAAGGAUAGUUAAAUUAAUGAUCUAAAAAAACAGAAUUAAGCUCUAAAAUAAGAUAUCCAAAAACUAUAACUGAUUUAAAAUUAAUUAAGCACUUAAUUGGAGGAGAAGGAAGCAAAAUUGAAACUUCUAAAUUUUAUGGUCUUGAACCAUCAACAAUAAAAAUCAGAAUUUGGAUUUCCAUAAUAUGAUAAUUUUAGAUUAUGA